AUGGCGAAUCGCUACUCUAGCCUGAACCGUCGCACUCCCGCUACAUCCACACUGUUCGAUUCAUAUCCUGGCUCAAGACCCUCCUCGUCGACUUCAGACCUGCGGUCACAGUCUCCCUACACUCAUGCUACGUCCCCGAACCCCUACGGCUUUGCCGGCGCCAAUGGCGCACCUUCAAACUCCGGCUUCAGACCUGCCACUCCGAACAAGAAAGGCCAAUACUCGGCCGCCGUUCUUGAAGAACUCGAAUCCCAGAAUGAUAACACUGCGACCACACUAUUGAGUCAAAAAGUCGGCCAGCUCAAGCAGCUUACAAUUGCAAUUGGCGAUGAGAUCCGUGACAGCAGCACGCUUGCCGACCAGCUGAACAACACGUUUGAAAAUACAGGCGUCAGGCUGAAAGGCACAAUGCGGCGAAUGCUGCGGAUGGCCGAGAAGACGGGUGUGGGAUGGAGGGUCUGGCUGGGCUUCUUCUGCGCCGUGUGGCUGCUGUUCGUCUACGUGUGGUUGUUCUAG